CCACAGAUAAUACCAAUGUCGCUCCCUUCAUCAGUCAGGGAGGAAAUGUGUUGAGGAAAAUAGUACAUCUCGGUGGUAUGGUACCCAACUGUACCAACUUCACCUCCUACCAAGUGACCUCUGACGUAUUGGCACCCAUCAAUGAGACCAUCGAAGAUCCCCAAAUGAUAAAUGUCUCUCUUCCCACUGACCAAAUAAUCAACAUCUCUGUGACGCUUACUUCGAUCAUGGGUGUGCGCCUCAUAUUCAAGGACAUGCUAAUCAGAACAACUGAUGUUCAAGAUUUGAGUGUAGAUGUUUGCCCUGGAGGAAACUGUGCGAGCAUUGAGUAUGUUGAAGGUACCAUCUCUCCCGGAGCUCUUGUCUGUGUGAUAGGUGUAUUGUCUGACAACUCAUUGGACUUAGAAAGCAUAAGACUACUGCCAAUUCGACGGAGUAUAAGUGACCAUUUUACCAUCCCGGUGGCUGUUAGUGGAAAUUACAGUGUGGUUGCAUUUGACCUUGAGAACAACAAUAUGAGUGUACCAAGAAUACCCAUUUCUAUAGUGGCCGACGAGGAAACUAUGUUUUUGAGCAAUGAAUUUUCCACUGAACCAAAUUCUCCACCUAAUUCUGAGGGCAUCACUGUCACUAAACUAUCAAAUGGAAGUGCUGAAGUGACCUGCACUACCACUGGCCAGAGUUGUCUAGCGUUGUUUCAAUCUAAAACCUCUCCAACCUCUCUUGAUCCGAUCGAUGGUGAUGAUUGGUUUUAUUGAACCACCUAAUGACAGAACCACUGUCACUCUUAAUGCCACUUCUGAUGUUUAUGUGGUAGUGUACACUUGGAACAGUGAUUUUGGUGAGACCAUCUUUGAUGGGAAGGUAUCCUUCAUUAGUCAAUUGGAGCUACCAACAAGUCCUCCCCCUACACAAUCACCUCCCGAUACUACUGGAUCUCCAGUUCUAUUGUUGCCCAUAGUACUAAUAGCAGUCGUGGUACUGCUGCUCCUGGUAGUCAUCAUAACUAUCGUUGUAGCCAUGGUUAUUAUGAAGAGAAAACAAAGCCGUUAUGGAGUUGAGGUUCCAGAGUCAGAUGGACGAGUGGAUUGGUCAUCAACAUUUCCAGGAAUUGAGCAGCCCAACGAAGUUUAUGCUCCAGUACUGACGAGGAACAUUGCUUAUGAGCAAACAAAGAAACCACGGGGACAGAGGAUCGAUGACUCACAAGCCCCGGCAACAACAGAGGGAGAGUAUGAGAGCAUUGAGCCAGUUCACGAGUACGAGGAUGUGUUACCUCAGGGAAAAGCAAGUCGUGCAGAUUAUGUUAACGUUAACUGACAGAUUUCCACAUUUAUUUUUAUCCCAUACAUUUGUAUAACCGUAUAGCGGGAAAUUUUCACGGGUG